CACUGCCUCACCCCUCCUUACAUUUAUAAUGUGCCAUGCUCACAUCUCUUCACCUGUUUGUCAGCGAAACUAACAGAAAGCUUUUUCUCAUUGCAUUGUGGUUGUGACGCAGUGAGCUGAAUUUUGAUGGUGAACGCUCGAGAGAACGAGUCUCGCAAUGACCAUAUCUGUAAACCCAACGCCCUCGCUCUGGGCCAUCGCGUUAUCCUCUCUCUCAGAAAAGGAUCGGCGGGUUCUAAAGAUCCCCAAUACAUCAUCACCGGAUACCAAGCACAUCUUGACAGAAAUACUGGCAGCUCUCGAAACCCAACGCGACCGGUGUAAAAGAGACAAAUGGACCACGACCAGCAUCGGGGGCAAAGAGCUCGUCAUUCGCGAUGUAUGCGCUAAAAUUGCUGCUCACGUCAAGAAAUUUAUGCAGGUGGUGGACGCGGCUGUCCAAAUUGAUCCUGUCCAUGCUGCACUGCCAUGGGCGGGUGUGUGCUUCCUGCUGCAGUUGACAUUCACGGCAUUCGAGACCUUUGGCGCCAUCGUGGAGGGCCUCGAAAAAGCAACCCGACUGAUAGCCCGAUGCGGGAUUAUCGAAGCUCUGGUCAUCCGGCAUAGUAGUGUAUCGACUGGUGCGAAAGUGGGGUUAGAAGAGGAGCUGGUGAAGCUGUAUUCGGCGGUCCUGGGAUUCCUUUGCAAGGCUAAGAAACACUAUGAUGGGUCUCGCAACGUGUGUUGAACCUGACUUCCCGGCAGUCUCUCCAAGAAUCGGUCAAAGAAAUGGAGGCUGCGGAGCAGAAGGUACUAGUGAUGAAGGGUCUAGUUGACAGCG